AUGUCACUCCCAUACAUCACCAAGCUGGUUGGUAGUAGACCACCGAAGCCAACCGUUCGAGAAGUAGAUCAAGAAGAGUCUACAUCGUGGUCUUACUUACAAUUCGAUACAAUGGCACGUCAGGUUGAUAGUGGCUCGCCAUCGUUGGACGACCAGCUGUUCACAGAUACCGUCUACAGCCAGAAAGAGGUUGAGGAGCAGGUUAAGGCCAUCUAUGACCAAUGGCUUGAAAGUGGUGAUGUGGCACAUCUGUUCAGAGACAAACACAUCAAGUAUUUGAAGAUGGUACUGGGACCAGUACCUCACGUCUUCCAGGCUCUGGACGCUUCACAACCAUGGAUGAUUUACUGGAGCUGCAACGCCUUGAGCCUCAUGGGCUAUGACAUUGAUAAGGAGCUAAAGGCUUCAACUGUAAAGAAGCUACUCUCGUUCCAGGAUCCGCGUGGUGGGUUCGGUGGCGGCCUGGGACAACUUCCACACGUUGCUGCUACAUACGCCUCUAUACUGGCACUGUGUUUAGCUGGAGAUGAAGAUUCAUGGUCUCUUGUCGAUCGUCAAGGGAUGUAUAGGUGGCUCCUCACCCUCAAACAACAAGAUGGUUCAUUUGUUAUGCAUUCUGGAGGCGAGGUUGAUACAAGAGCCGUAUACUGUGCACUUGUUGUGGCCUCAUUGCUGGACAUCAUCACACCUGAGCUCGUUGAAGGCACUGCAGAAUGGCUAUGGAGCUGCCAGACACACGAAGGAGGGUUCGGAGGCGUUCCAUGGGACGAAGCCCACGGUGGAUACACCUACUGUGCCGUUGGUGCUCUCCUGAUCCUGGGCAAGGCAGCCUUUGGAAGCGUCAACCUGGCCAAACUGAGCCAUUGGAUCGUGUCGAGACAGAUGCCACUAGAAGGAGGGUUCUGUGGGCGCACGAACAAGCUGGUGGACGGCUGCUAUAGCUUCUGGGUCGGUGGGCUCACCGCAAUCUUGGACAUCUUCAUCCAAGAUGAGACUAUCAACAGAGCCUCUCUCAACAACUACAUCCUGUGCUGUUGUCAGAACGAGCGCUUCGGUGGCCUCAAGGACAAGCCCUCCAAGAAUGCAGACUUCUACCAUAGCAACUACGUCCUCUCAGGGCUAGCGGUGAUCCAGAACAAGUUCUCCCUUGGUGAUGAGCAGUUCACUGGCGUGGAUUCAAUGGUGUACAGCAUAGCUUCACAGCCAGUGGGGGAAACGGCUCUGAAAGUUGACGCCACCGACCGUCUCAAGCCAAUCAACCCGGUGUUUGCCCUUCCAGAGGGCUUCGCCAAUAAGAUGAAGUCGUACUAUAGCCUCCACUGCCAGCACAGCGCAACGAUGGACACGCUGACGGAGCACGAGCAAGAGCUCGUGCACCAGUUCAUCUCGAUCACGAGCUAUACGGAUGAGCCAAACACCGCGAUACGGUUCCUGAGCCAAUGUGACUGGGACUUGGAGAGGGCAAUAAUCCUCUACUUUGAAGGGAAUACAAGGGCCAAUGAACAGCUGAACGAGAACUCGAGGCGUGCUCAGGCCCUAGGCGGUGCAGCCACCGUGCCAGGCGGGUUCCCUGGUGAUGAGUUGUCUGUUCAUGAGAGGCCUCGUGGGUUGUUGGAGAACGUGAGGGCCAGAUUGCAGGAAUGGGGUGCACACCAUGGCCAAUAUCUACCAGUGUCCACGAAUGAGCUGGCGUCGGCAGAGAACUUCAUGGGGCUGAGUGGACGGUCAAAGGUGGUGUAUAUGCUUCAAAUGAUGCUGUAUGUGCCGCUGGUUCUGCUGCAGAAGGUGUCAGUGACGGUGUUGAUUGUGGUGUCCAAGCUGUUCCCCAUGGUGAAGACGUUGACUGCGAGGUAUUCCCAUAGACGACAAGGCUCCAGGUCGGAGCCCAAGGGCGUGGACCCUGUUCAGAUUGCACGGAACUUCAUUGGAGAAAUGAACGUCUUCUACGGAAAUGAUGAGUCGAAGUUGGACUUCUACGAAGGUGGUUACACCUCUGCGCUUUAUGUUGCGAAGAGAGACGCAAGGUUCCUGAUGAUCUACCUCCAUAGUGAUGAGCAUGACGAUACGCGUGGCUUUGUUGAAGACACGCUGCUCAAUCAGAGGGUGCUGGACUUUGUGAAGGAGCACGAUUUCCUCAUCUGGGGUGGGAAUGUGUUGGGCAGUGAAGCGUAUCAAGUUGCCAAUGCCGUUGGUGCCACGAGGUAUCCAUUUGUAUGCCUCUUAUCGUUGAAGACUAACUCUCAGGAGACGCCGGAAGGUACUACGACGUUUGCUCCAACGCUUUCUGUCGUGUGCAAAGUUCAAGGCAACAUCAGUGCAGACAAGCUUGUUGAUAAGCUAUCGAGCCAGGUGGAGAGGCUAGAGCCUACUCUUAUAAGCAUACGGACAGAGAGGCAGCAGAACGAGCUAUCAAGGGUCAUUAGGGAACAGCAGGAUCAGGCAUACCAGGCAUCGUUACAGCGUGAUCGUAUGAUUGCAGAACAGAGACGACAAGAACAGCAAAGGGAACAAAAUGAACAGCAAUGGCUCAGAUGGAGGGCUACACAACUACUACCGGAGGUUCCCGUUGAACAAAAGGGACAGUACGCAAGAAUAGCCAUCAAGUUGACCAACGGAGAGAGAAUCUCGAGAAGAUUCCCAAGGGACUCACCUCUUGAGGAGAUCUAUGCCUUUGUUCAAUGCCACUCCCGAGGAUUAAUAGGACAAGAUGUGUCUUCUAGUGUCUCCAAACCACAGGGAUUCACGUAUAUUUAUCCAUUCAAAUUGAUCACGCCUAUGCCACGCUCAGAGCUGCAGAGCUCUACGACGAUUCAUAUUAAAGAUGAACCAACGGUUUGGCCCAACGGUAAUCUCAUCAUGGAAAUGAAUGAUUAG